AUGGCUCGCACUAAGCAAACUGCUCGCAAAUCCACUGGUGGCAAGGCCCCUCGUAAACAAUUGGCCGCCAAGUCUGCAGCCCGGAAGACCGCACAGGCAAGCACUGGCGGUGUCAAGAAGCCCCAUCGAUUCCGUCCUGGUACCGUCGCUCUUCGUGAAAUUCGUCGGUACCAGAAAUCAACAGAGCUGCUCAUCCGCAAGCUCCCCUUCCAACGACUUGUUCGUGAAAUUGCGCAGGAUUUCAAGACCGACCUGCGCUUCCAAUCAUCUGCCGUGAUGGCUCUCCAAGAAGCCGCUGAAGCAUACCUCGUCUCAUUGUUUGAGGACACCAACUUGGCUGCUAUUCACGCCAAGCGCGUUACUAUUCAACCGAAAGACUUGGCUCUUGCACGGCGGUUACGUGGGGAGCGUUCAUAG